UUCGUCAUAAGACUAAUGAUUGAAGAGAAAUGUUGCGAGUGUUGCAAGAGAGGAGAUGUAUGGCGAUUGCAGCUACGACAAUGUGAACAUUUUGUAUGCAUUGCUUGUUACUGGAUAAAAGAGAGAGGAAAGGCGCGAAUAAAAUGCCCAUCAGCAAGAUGCAAGACACGAAUACAUGAGAAUGAUAUUGAUGCGAUUCUUGAUGCAGAAAAUCAUGAUCUUAAUGAAUUUAUGCAACUUGAACAUCGAGAAUGGUUAUUGCAUGAACAUAGAAAACAAAUCAUUCUAUAUGCAUUUGGUGGCAAUGCUGUACAAUGUCCCUUAUGUAAAUCAAUGUACGGUGAAUAUAUUGGUUGUAAUUACGUUCAGUGUGUAAAUAUACGGUGCCGACAGAAGUUUUGUUGGAGCUGUGGUCAUCCGAUUGAUUCAUUUCAACAUUUCACAGGUAUCUAA